AUGAGACAAUUCAACACCAGUUCCCGAGACUUCAUUUUGUUGGGAUUCUCAGAUUGGCCCCAUUUGGAACUUCUCCUCUUUGUGGUCAUCUUGCUCUUUUACCUCUUAACCUUGGUUGGCAACACAGCCAUCAUUGUCUUGUCUCAUUUGUUCCCUCAACUCCACACCCCCAUGUAUUUCUUUCUCUGUCACCUCUCUUUCCUAGAUCUUUGCUAUACAACUAGCACUGUCCCUCAACUGCUGGUAAAUCUGCAUGGAUCUGACAGGACCAUCACUUAUGGAGGCUGUGUGGCUCAGCUCUUUAUUACCCUUGCCCUAGGUUCUGCAGAGUGUGUUCUUCUGGUGGUUAUGGCUUUUGACCGCUAUGCUGCUGUUUGCCAGCCCCUCCAGUACACUACCAUCAUGCAACCCUGGCUCUGCUUCCUGCUUGCUACUGUCUCUUGGUUUGGAGGUUUGGUCAACUCAGUGGCACAGACAGGACUUAUGAUGACUAUUCCUCUCUGUGGCUUACACUAUCUGGACCAUUUUUUCUGUGAGAUGCCUGUACUCUUAAAGCUGGCAUGUAAGGAUACAAAACAGACAGAAGCCAAGAUGUUUGUUGCCCGGGCCAUUAUCUUGGUGUUACCUGCUUCACUUAUCUUGGGCUCCUAUGUGUACAUAGUACAGGCAGUACUAAAUAUUAAGUCAGCAGCAGGACAAAGAAAGGCAUUUGAGACAUGCGGGUCCCAUCUCAUGGUGGUCUCUCUCUUCUAUGGAUCUGCCAUUUAUACUUAUCUCCAACCCACUCAUAAGUACUCCACGAGUCAUGGGAAGUUUGCUGCUCUCUUUUAUACUAUCAUGACUCCAAUGCUCAACCCUCUUAUUUAUACGUUGAGGAACAAGGAUAUGAAAGCAGCUUUGAGGAAGGUGAUAAAGAGAGAAAGAGCUUUGGGGUAG